AUGCAAUCCAUCCUCCAACGAGGCCGCUCAUUCUUCACCCCGACCCCCUCGGCAACCCCGCAGGACAGGAGUCCCAAAGACAGUCCCAAACCCCAGGAGGAGAAUGAUGAUGAUGCUACGCCAUCGGUCGAUACCCUGUUUCCCAAGACCGACCCCGCCAUCGACGGCGAAGAAUGUCUACACGACUGUGCGUCCUGCACGGUGAAAUACCCCGCCAAAUUCGAUGUCGAUCAGGAAGAUACCAUGUACGGGAAUAUUAAUGGCUGGUCGACGCAUGUGCUGGUUGCGACUGGGAAGGCGGAUUGGGUGAGGGAUGUUGCGGAUGAAGAGGGGAGUGUGAUGGAGGCGAUUGAGAAGGGGGGGUUGGUGCCUAGUAAUGGGAAACUGAAAUUGUCCGCCUCCAAUAUGCCCGUCCCGGAUGAAUAUCAUUAUCAUGAUGCGGGAAAACAGCCUACGACUGUGUUGCUUCUGCCCAGGUUUACUAUCGUCGAUCAUGUCACGCCGCAGCUGGCGCCGGAUUUGAUUAAGUAUUUUGUGAAUCGCUCGCCGACGACUACGACCCCGUUGGUUGGUGGAAACAGCAAUGAUGAGAGUGAACAACAACAACAAGAGCAGCCCUCGACUGAAGAACAACAACAAGAAGAGAACAUCACCGACAUCCAAUCCCUCACCUCCCUCCGCUCCCGCCCUUCCCCUCACUCCGCCGUUAUCCUGCUCUGCUCCCACCGCACCCGCGACGCCCGCUGCGGACAGUCCGCGCCGCUUCUCCGCAAGGAAUUCGAGCGCCAUUUGCGCCAUUUAGGCUUGUAUCGGGAUAUGGAUGAUGAGAGGCCUGGGGGUGUGGGAAUCUACUUUAUCAACCAUGUGGGUGGACAUAAGUAUGCGGCCAACGUGAUUAUUUAUCGCAGACGGGACUUCGAGUGGUAUAAGAAGACGGAGGGGACUGAGGAGGAAGAGGGUGCAGCGCAGGGUAUCUGGCUUGCGAGGGUGAGGCCCCAGGAUUGUGAGAAUAUUGUGCGGUAUACGGUGUUGCAGGGGAAGGUGGUUAAGCCUGGGGAGCAGUUGAGGGGUGGGUUUGAUAGGGAGAGGGGGGUUACGAGUUGGUAA